ACCGAAGAACCGGCAUCCUUUGGUCAUUGGGUCAACACUACGCUAACCCUUUUUAGGUAGGGAUGUAUUUUACAGUACUUUUGAGACCACACCUUUAAAGAAAUCAACAGUUUUCAACAACAGGCCUAGGAGCACACUUGGAGUUCUUUUUUGAAAUUUAAGUUCCCGAUGACUACUUUUAAAACUGAAAACCGACAUGGGUAUUCGGUAAAAUUUUCACCGAAUCGAUCAAACCUCCUAGCCAUAGCCACGUCACAAUAUUACGGGUUUAAAGGCGGUGGAACAUUGUUUUUGGUGAAGUAUGAUGAUGACAGAUGUCUGAUAAGCAAAAAGUAUGAAAUGCAUUGGGACGAUGGAUUAUUCGAUGUGGUGUGGAGCAGAUCAGUCUACAGUUUACUGGUGACGGGCAGCGGAGACGGAACCGUGCAGAUGUGGAAUUAUAAAUAUCCACAAAAACCUGUAAGAACGUUUAAUGAACACAAGAAAGAAGUGUGCGGUGUAGACUGGUGUCAAAACUCCAUAGACGAUUUUUUGUUGUCCGCGUCAUGGGACUGUUCAGUAAAACUUUGGGAUCCCAACAAGUAUUGUUCGCUCACGACGUACAAGGGACACGACAGACUGGUUUACGAAGCCAAAUGGUCUCCAUUCUUGUCUUCAUGUUUUGCGUCGGUUUCAGGCGACGGGAUGUUGGACAUCUGGGACUGUUCAUCACCGCUGCGGCCGAGCGUCAAGAUAAAUGCACAUCAAGCAGAGAUAUUGAGCUGUUCGUGGAACCAGUUUUACCCUUUCGUAUUGGCCACUGGCGGAGCCGAAGGAUUGAUUAGAAUAUGGGACAUACGGAAAUUGUUAACGCCAAUAUUUCAGCUCGAGGGUUGCCAGGACGCCGUUAAGCGAGUGCAGUGUUCGCCUCACCACUGGUCCACGUUGGUUUCGGCGUCAUAUGAUUGCACGACAAAGUACACAAAAAUUACAUUUUAUUUUUUUAAGACAAUAAUAAUAAUAAUAAUAAUAAUAUUAUCUAAUAUAUCGUAAAUUUAUGAAACAAAAAUAAUGAAGUGUGAACGCAGCCACGAUACAUAUACAAUAUUAUUAUUAUACAAUUAAUUAAUACUACAACACUAAUAAUAAUAAUAUCAUUAUAAAAAGUAUAUAAUAAUAUAAUGUGGUGCGCGUAUAAUCUAUAUAAUAUUAUAUCAAUUAUUAUUAUUAUUAUAAUGACGUAUAUUUAUAGGAUAUGGGAUUACGGUGUGU